AAAAAAGUCCACAACAAUGUAAAACUACUGCCAAGGAAGACGAGACAGACCGCUUCUCUGUUGAGAUGAAAUCUGCGUCUGAAAAAACGUGGUUGCUCUCUAUCCUUUACCUGAGCUGUAUCAUUUCCUUCCUACGCCUUAUCCAUGCCCUAAUUUCUGGACAGUUAAUAUUGUUGAGCCACGCUAGUGUGAAACUCAAGAAGCAACCAGAUCUCCCUUUACGCUUCCGAGCUGAUGGCACUUUCAAAAUCCUUCAGGUGGCUGAUAUUCACUACGGUAAUGGGAUAUUGACUCGGUGUAGGGACGUGUUACCAUCUGAGUUCGAUCACUGUUCUGAUCUUAACUCGACCCUUUUCCUGAAGAGGAUGAUCGAUGCCGAAAAGCCAGAUUUCAUUGCCUUUACAGGAGAUAAUAUAUUUGGGACAAGCACUCCAGAUGCUGCAGAAUCUAUGUUUGAAGCUUUUGGUCCUGCCAUGGAAUCUAGACUUCCUUGGGCUGCAGUAUUAGGGAACCAUGACCAAGAAUCUACUAUGACUCGUGAAGAACUGAUGUCUUUUAUUUCCCUCAUGGACUAUUCAGUAUCCCAAACCAAUCCAUUGGCUGAAGACAUCUCUGAGCCCAGCAAUCAAAGUCUAGUUGCAGACAUAGAUGGGUUUGGCAAUUAUAACCUUAGAAUAUGGGGUGCACCUGGGUCACAUUUAGCGAACCACAGCGUUCUCAAUCUCUACUUUCUUGAUAGUGGAGAUAGAGCAAUUGUUAAUGGAGUACAAACUUAUGGAUGGAUAAAAGAAUCCCAACUUCGUUGGCUCCAUGGUAUUUCUGAAGUUCUUCAGGGACAAAAUCUGGAUAUCCAACAAUCAGCAGACUUUUCUUCACCCCCAGCACUCGCAUUCUUCCACAUUCCAAUUCCAGAGAUCCGCCAAGUGAAAGAGAUUGUAGGCCAGUAUCAGGAAUAUGCGGCUUGUUCGUCAGUUAACUCCGGAGUGUUACAAACCCUUGUCUCCGUGGGAGAUGUUAAGGCUGUGUUCACAGGACAUGAUCACACCAACGACUUCUGUGGCAAUCUUCAUGGUAUAUGGUUUUGUUAUGGUGGAGGCUUUGGGUAUCAUGCUUAUGGUAGAGCAGGGUGGCCAAGGAGAGCAAGAAUCAUAUUGGCAGAACUUGGUAAGGGGGACAAAACAUGGGUGGGGGUGAAAAGGAUCAAGACAUGGAAGCGACUUGAUGAUGUGAACUUGAGUAAGAUUGAUGAGCAAGUCUUGUGGGACUGGUGGUCGCCAAGAUGACUCAAAUGGCAGCGGAACCAGAAUUUCGGUUGUGUUAGAUAUGAUCCCUAAACCAUAUAUGCAAGAACCUGAAUUUUGAUGGUGAUGGAGUUCCGAGUUCGCAACAAAAGCUGCCAACGUUACGGGACGUAACGGCCAGGGUACAACCCACGGCGGCAGGUAUGGAUGCAGCCAAGAUGGAUGCAGGGGCGGUGGAGGGGGAUAGGGAAUUGGUGGAGGUGGUUAUGGGGGCUUCGGCAGUGGUGAGGUGGAAGGUAUGGAAGAACAGGUGGUUGUGGAGGCGGUGGCGGUUGCUACAGCUGUGGGAGGAAGGGUCUUUUUCCCGGGAAUGCCCUUCAUUGAUGUUGGGUAAGAAACAGACGGGGUAAACGGGUAAUCUUCACUGUUGUUAGUUUAACUCUCUCUGCUAGUUCUUGUCAACCGUGAAGCAUAUGACUUUUUUCCAAGUGCUGCCAAUGCUUUUGGUAGUCCGUUGUUUAGAUAUGGUUGUGAUAGCUGCCAAUUCCUACGUGGAAUGCUGAAUGGAUC